AUCCCCCCUCCAAGCCACCCACCAACCAGACCAACCACAACCUCAGCUCGAGGUUUGUACGCGGCUUGGGUUCAGCUCCAGUCGCGUUCUUCCGUGUCCAUGCCUAGCGAUCUCGACCACGACCUCCUCGGUACCUCCCUCGACCCCGAAAAGUGGCAUGACAACCGGAACUCGUGUAGCUUCCCUCUUCUCCGGAAGCCCAUCAUCGCCAUCAUGACCGCCCUUACGAUCCCCUCCUCGAUGGCCUCAAGCCUCGUCAAUCGCCUUACAAACCUCUUUGCGAUGCCCAACUUCGAUGCCCCCGAAAAGCUGCGACCAACCGCUUACCUCGACGGCCUGCGUGGCUUCGCUGCCUUCCUCGUCUACUGGCACCACCACGAGCUGUGGUCGCAUGGCCUGAUGCGCGACGCCAUCUUCGAAAGAGGCUACGGCUUCGAUGGCCAACAUUACUUCAGCGCCCUUCCCUUUGUGCGCAACUUCUUUGGCGGCGGUCACUAUGCCGUCGCGACCUUCUUCGUCAUCUCGGGCUACGUCCUCUCCGUCAAGCCCAUGCGCCUGAUCCACGCCGGCGAACAAGAGAAACUGGCCGAUAACCUUGCGUCUGCCUUAUUCCGACGAUGGCUGCGUCUCUUCAUGCCUCUGAUCGCGACCACUUUCCUAUUCAUGACCUCGUGGCAUGCCUUCGGCAUCUGGGUCGACUCGGCAAAACCGCAGUCCAACUACCACGACGAGUUCUGGUGGUGGUACGCAGAAGUCAAGAAUUUCAGCUUCAUCUAUCACCUCGGCGGCGAGCCCUGGCUGAGCUACAACUUCCAUCUGUGGUCUAUCCCUGUGGAAUUCAAGGGAUCCAUGGUCAUCUACACCAGCCUGCUAGCCUUUUCGCGAUGCACGAGGAAGGCUAGACUAUGGUGCCAGGUGUUCCUGAUCUUCUACUUUGUCUACAUCGUCGACGGAACUCACUACGCCCUCUUCAGUGCCGGCAUGCUUCUCAACGAUCUGGACUUGUUGGCUAUCAAGGAUGAGCUGCCCAACUUCCUCACUCAGCUCGAGCCAUACAGCAAGCACAUCUUCUACUCCCUCUUUGUAGUCAGCUUCUACCUCGGAGGCGUGCCCGUUCACACCAAGGACAUCAACGAUCUGGCCAAGACUCCCGGGUGGUACUACCUGUCCUUCCUCAAGCCGCAGGCUGUCUACGACUACAAGUGGUUCUACUUGUUUUGGGCUGGUGUCUUCUUGGUGGUCUCGGUUCCACGCAUCCCCUGGCUCAAGCGAUUCUUCGAGACGCGCUUCUGCCAGUACUUGGGUCGCAUCUCCUUUGCGCUUUACCUGGUCCAUGGUCCUAUUCUUUGGACCAUUGGCGACAGACUCUACACGGCUGUUGGUUGGGGAAGGGAGCCUCAACUUACCAUGCUGGCCAACUGGGUCAACAAGUUCCCCUUGCCCAUGGCUGGACCCUUUGGUCUUGAGAUGGCCUUCUUGCUGCCGCAUAUCAUCCUCUUGCCAUUGACCUUGUACGUCGCCGAGAUCUCGACGAGGCUCUUUGACGAGCCCAGCGUUACCUUUCCCAACUGGCUCUACAAGCAGGUGUUGGGAAGUGGACAGCCUACUAGGUUACCUUGAAUUGCACAUGUACGAUAUGAUCAGGACAUGGGAGGAGUUUAGGAUUUGAUACCAGUCGUACAUCUAGACAGCGACCACAAUAAUGGAUUGGAUAGUCACACGAUUUCGUUGUAAACAAAACCAGGCAACACCGGUACCGGAGGCCGUCUCACAAGUCCAAAUCCAGUGCCCGUGAAAUACGAGCUGCACAGACAGAUGCUCGA